GUCACGACACAUGCUCGCUCAAAUCACAAUCGGGAUUCGAGAAGGGGAUUUGACUUUCAAGAUUUAGUUCAUUCUCAAUCUUACUAGAUUCUUCCGUGAUAGUUGUUAUUAAGUUUACGAAACUGUACUUGAAAAUAUGGAUUUCCUGAAGAGUGGUUGGUUUAGUGAAUUGAGCCCCAUGUGGCCUGGUCAAUGUAUUUCUUUGGAAGUAGAUGAAAUUCUUCAUCAAGAAAAAUCUGAAUUUCAAGAUAUCCUUGUCCUUAAAUCGAAAACCUACGGCACUGUACUAAUUUUAGAUGGUGUGAUUCAAUGUACUGAACUAGAUGAAUUUUCUUACCAAGAAAUGAUAUCUUUUUUGCCGAUAUCCUGCCACCCCAAUCCCCAAAAGGUCUUGAUUGUGGGUGGAGGUGAUGGAGGAGUAGCACGCGAGCUAGUCAAACAUCCACUUGUACAAUCUGUUGUACAAUGUGAAAUAGAUGAAAGAGUUGUUGAAGUCUCAAAGAAAUUUCUCCCUUUCAUGGCCAAAGGAUUUGAUGAUCCCAAACUAACACUUCAUAUAGGAGAUGGAUUUGAAUUUAUUAAGAAUCACCCUGCUGAAUUUGAUGUUAUCAUCACUGAUUCAUCAGACCCAAUUGGACCAGCUGCUUCUUUGUUUCAAGAGAGUUAUUUCCAACUUGUACGUCAAGCAUUAAGGCCAGGUGGCAUUGUGUGCUCUCAAGGGGAAAAUGCUUGGUUUCAUAGUCAUCUGAUUUCUCCUCUUCUAAAAAGCUGCACUGAAUUGUUUCCUGUGGUGGAUUAUGCCUAUACAUGUAUACCAACAUAUCCUGGAGGUCAAAUAGGAUUCAUUUUAUGCAGUACAAAUCCUGCGACACAGUUUCGGAAUCCCAUUCACCAAUUGUCUGAAACCGAGUGUGAAAAAAUGCAACUACGAUAUUACUCUUCAGAAAUGCAUUCAGCAGCUUUUGUUGUACCGCGUUUCGCUCGAAAAGCCCUCAUCAAAUCGCCUAAAGCCGACGAGAAAGAAACGCUUUAAAGUAAUUCCGCGAUAAUUCGAAUAUUAGUUAAAGGGUCUUAAUUUACUGAAAAAUUCUGGGGAACUAGGUUUAUACGUCAAUUGGCAACAGCAACGUUUCCAAAGCAGUUCGUAGUCCGUACAUUCUGUAAAAAGUUGCUAAGCUCCCAUCUCAUGUAAGCCAAUUUAUUAAUUUUGUGGUAAAAUUCUGCUUAGACACCAAAAUACGAAUAUCUAAUAACGUU